AAAACAGGAAAUAGCGGUAAAUUGACCGAGCUGCGAUUGGCGUUAAUUUGUUUGUUGAGCUACUACUCUAGUUUGUUUGAUCUGCUAAUGUUAACUUCACACUGGAGCUAAUGCUAAGCUAGCUAUACUAAAGAUGUGGAAGAAAGGCUCGUCUGAGGGCUCCGACCGGUUUGAAUAUCUUCAAACUCUGGUCACCGAGUUUCAGGACACAGACAGUGAAGAGGCUAAGGAGCAGGUGCUGGCUAACCUGGCCAACUUUGCGUACGACCCAAAGAACAUGGAGUAUCUGAGGGAGCUGCAAGUGACCGACCUCUUCCUGGACAUGCUCACUGAGGAGAACGACAACUUUGUGGAGUUUGGCAUGGGGGGGCUGUGUAACCUGAGUAUGGACCCCGAAUGUCGACGCCUCAUCCUGGAGAGCAGGGGGAUCAGCUUGGUCACAAACUGUCUGUCGAGCCGGAGGGAGGAGACCGUCCUGUCGGCCAUCACCACGCUGAUGAACCUGACGACGCCCUCGUCCCGCUCGGAGAUCACUGAUCCGGCCGUCCUGCAGUGCAUGCUGCGCUUCUCCCUCUCAGAGAGCCCCCGCCUGCGCAGCCUGGCCGCUGUGUUUCUGCAGGACUGCUGCACCGAGGAGCAGGUGGCCCGAGCGGAGCAGCAGAUGCAGGGACAGCAGACUGCAGUCGGGAUCCCGCUGCCCAAGAGCUAAGAUGGGGUGUUUACUCUAUAUGGCCAAAAAUAUAUACAGGCACCCGAACAUCACACGCUGGUUUCAGUCGGUCCUGCAGAUGUUUGAACCUGCUGCAGGGAUUCGCUCCCAUUCAACCACAAGAGGUCCAACACUGACAUUGGUGGUGAACUGGCUCACAGUCCAGUUCACCCUAAAGGUGUUGGAUGGUUGAGGUCAGGACUCUGAGCAGAACAGACAAGUUCCUCCACACAAAACUGGGAAAACCAUUUAUUUUGGGAGUCGGCUUUGUCCUCUGGUGGAUUAUGUCACAUUGAACGAGGAAAGAGACAAACUGACAUUUUUUUUUUUAAUAUCAUUGCAUGCUGUUGCAUUUAGACUUUCCUUAAUUUGAAUGUACUUUUGAAGCUGAAGAGCUUUAAAUCUAAUGUUUCAAUUAGAGAAUGUUAGUGUUGUGCGCUCUCUGACCACAUGAGGGAGACUGGAUAGUUGUUUUUUUAAAGUGAAGGACCAUUCUGAUGUUCUGUGAGAGAUUAAUAAAUUGCUAAAAGCACAAAAAAAAUUACAUUUUUAUUGAAUUCCAAUCUGUUUAUAGAAGGUGUACAAAGAUAACUGACUGAUAUCAGUACUUAUUAUUAUUCCCCAAAAAUGUGCAUUCCUUUGGCAUUGAAGUGAUUUCUUAAGACCCGGGUUUUAGGAAAUCGGAUGCUGGAGCGCCUUCAAGCCAACUGGUUGAGUCUUGGCACUCUGUACAAGCGUACUAUGAAUCCAGACCCAAAAAUAUGUAAAAUGCAAAAUAAACCUUGAGGUUCCUUCUGAAGAGCCAGGAGCGCCGUUUGUUUUCUUCAGAGCUAUUUCUGGGCCGAGUCCUUCAGGUCUAGACAGACGACGACAUCCGAUCCUGCGGCCCGGCGUCGUUUGGACUGCACGUGUAGCCCGUCAGACUCCAGAGGAAAUUCUUUACGGCUUUGAGAGCCUGUGUGUCUGUGAUACUCGUUCUCAUUUUCAGUAAGUGUGUGUGUGUGUUUCUGAAUGGCAUUCCAGGGGGUGAGCACCUGCCCCCGAGAUCAAUAUUAAAAAAAUACCCUCAUUCUUCCCGGAAAAAGAGAAACACCCACGUCUGGUUCUAAUAAUGUGGUACGUUUAUUUCGAGUUGAAGUAAAAAUAUUUGAAUUUUUGAAUUUUUUUGACAUGAGAGGUUCAACAUCUACCACUAGCUCUGAUCUUCAGUAUGUAUGUUCACAUUUAUAUUACCCAGAUAUUAUUAAACAUGAGGAUGUUAAAGCAGAAGUUCGGUGUUAUUCUAUAUUUUUGUUGUCAACCCAUGACUUUUGACUUUCUUGACAUAAUACACAAUUUAACUUCUUUUAUGAUUUCUUUCUACUUUUCAUGACGUACUGUAUCAUAACAUUUUUAGUGAGUUUCUUUUUGUAUGCAUUGCAAUCCAAGAGGUGAGCAGCUGCCAUCGUGACCAAUAUUAAAAUACUCUCGUUCAUCCUGAUAAAUCAACGCCUUGAUUUUAAUAAUGUGAUUUAUUUCAAGUUGUAGAAAAAAUAUUGUUUUAGCUUUACACAGGAUAAGAAAGAACUGUGGUGAAAUGUGUGAUUCAAUAUGUACAAGUGGUUCAAUCAAUGUUCACAUUUGUACAACAGAUAUUAUUAAACUGUUGAAGACCAAAACCAACAACCAGUUUGUCCUUCCCCGUUGGUUUCUAUAGAAGAUAUUAAUCUUAGACACAGGUUACAAAUAUAUACAUUAAUUAAAAACAUCUCAAACAUUUGGGCACUGUGGUUUAUUUUUAACAAACGCUACAAAGACCGGAGUAAAUAGUGCAACUGAGUCAAAAUAUACUACAAAGUGUUCAUGGUAAUAAAGGCACAUAUCACCCACAGUGUUAUUUUUGUAUACACACUAUUUGUUACUAGGAUUAAUGUAUUGUUGGUUAUGGUCUCUCAUGGUCUUUGUGUGCUGGUGAUAAGUAUAGUCACGUUAUCCAUGUUAUCAGUGGGUUACAGGAUGUGGCUUUAUAGCCUGCCAUAGCACCUCUGAUGGCUGGUUUUUAAUCCCUGUUAAACAGUAUUUGAAUUAAAUUCAUUCAUCAGCUGAAAAUCUCAUUUGUCCUUGAGUCCGAGCUGCUGCUCAGCCUCGUCGCGUAGUUCGUAUUUCUGGAUCUGAAAGACAAGACAGAAAAUUGUGUUGAGAGUAUGACAAAAAAAGUUAUAGUACAGUAUGCCGGAAAAAAAACCAGUAUAGUAUGUCGAAAAAAGUCAUAGCAUAUUCUUGUGUCACCUAUCUGGCAUCAGUCAACCAGGGACAGAAAUAGUCUCCAGGCUCUUAAACUUGACCCCCGUGGUGAUGUUUUGUACCCACUGUGAAUACUGAGUGGAUUAUAAAGAAAGUAAAAUGAACUAAAGGAGUCUCUGAUUAAAGGGCUGGUUUUAUCUGAUACGCUGCUUUGGGACGAGGUCCGCCGCCCCUCUGGUUUCAUCUAACAGGACGCGGUGUGCCUGCAGACGAGCUAUUAGCUCCCUUUCCCUCCCGUCUGGGGGCCUGUUCAAACACCACGCCGUGCCGACAGUAAAUUAUUUCUAACAGCAUCCCAUGAGGGAAACACAAGAACCAGAGGGGAGUUGGUGUUCUGGUGUUUGGACUAAUUUAUCACAGACUGCUGCUAAUUAUCUGCGUUUCUCUGGAUGCAUGCUAUCGAAAUAAACGCAGUCAAAUAAACCUUGUUUGUUUUGUCAUUUAUACGAAUAUAUGAGCUCUUACCUUUCCAGUAACGGUAAGCGGGUAACUGGUCACAAAAAGUACGUAGCGAGGGAUCUUGAAGUGAGCGAUC